AUGCUGCUACUCCCUCCAGGACCCGCAAGAGCUCUCCAUAAGCUGGGACGCCUCCAGCGACCACAACCCGCUCCACAGGCUCCAAAAGAGUCUCCACGCGUCAAUCAGGUGGGCAUCCAGUAUCUCUCGGAAAGCCUCCACCGCAAGGUAUUUCCCAGCACGUCCACGACCGAAUAUCUCCAGCCACAGCACCCUGAGCUCCUUUCAGUGGCCAUCGAGCAUCUCAAGCACAACGACCUCUACGGCAAAAAGACCACAAUUACAAACCCCAUCGAAUUUGCCCAUGUUCCGGCGCUUUUGGGCUCGUCUCUCGACGAGCACUUCCACAAAAUAGGAACAGCCGUGCUGCAGCCGUACCUUGCCAUGGCCGAAAAGCUCUUCGCUCCGAGCUCGCUGGUGCCACCGCAGCCACUGCAAUGGGUAUUCCAAGCCGGCUGGACUCGCUAUGUCCCCGGAAAGCCCCCCAAACUGGUGGAAUUUCCCCUUGAGUCCGAAUUGGUUUUCGACGUUGAAGUGAUGUAUCAGCGCUCCAACUAUGCAGUGAUGGCCACCUGUGCUUCCACGGAGGCCUGGUACGGCUGGGUGUCACCUCUUCUCACCAACCACGCCCAGGACGCCUCCUACGAUAAUUGGGAGCAUCUCAUUCCGUUCGACAGUUUGGCCACUCCAAAGUUAAUGGUGGGCUACAACGUCUCGUACGACCGGUCGAGAAUCCUCGAAGAGUACAACAUCAAGCAGUCGCAGGCGUUUUUCUUGGAUGGAAUGGCCCUCCACGUCGCAGUGGCUGGGAUCUGCUCCCAGCAACGUCCCAUGUGGAACAAGCACAAGAAGAACAAAUCGGCCCUCGAGGAAGAGGUGGAGGCUGCCAGCGACAGUGACUUCGACAGGCCAUCUGCAGCCAGCCUUCUUGCCUCCGAAUUGAUCGACGACCCGUGGCUCAAUAAGGGCUCGCCCAACUCGUUGGCCAACGUGUACAAGUUCCAUUGGGGCCAGGACUUGGACAAGUCCGAUCGGGACUUCUUCAGCGGCCUGGAUCCGGCCCAAGUGGUGGAGAAUUUCCAGAAGUUGAUGUCGUACUGUGCCAAAGACGUCGAAGCCACCUUCUUGGUGACCAAGAAGCUCUUUCCUGAAUUCAGAGAAAAGGUGCCUCAUCCGGUAUCUUUUGGAGCCUUGAGGCACAUGGGGUCAUUGAUAUUGCCUACCAGCACCAAGUGGGAUUCAUACAUCAAGACUGCGGAACAGGUCUACCAAGAGAAUAGAGAACAAGUGGCCCAAAUCCUUAGAGAACGGGCUCAGGAAUUGGUCAGAUACAUCGAGCAUCCAGACUCGAAGAAGCCAGACCAAGAGAAUGAUCCGUGGCUUCGUCAGCUUGAUUGGACGUUGAAAUUGCCCCGGCUCAAAAAGGACGGUACUCCAGUCGCCAACAACGCCUAUUUGACAGGGUACCCAGAAUGGUACAGGGAUCUUUUCAAGACCACCACCGUGGAUGGAGUCAGAAAGCGGGAAAUGAACAUUUCGGUCCGCACUCGUAUCACUCCCCUUUUGUUGAGAUUGAAAUGGGAAGGAUAUCCGUUGCUCUGGACCAAUUCUGCUGGCUGGUGUUUCAAGGUUCCUCUCAAGGACGAUAUAAUCGAUCUCAUGGAAUCAAAAAACUACACUAGAGCUAGGUUAAAUGAAGAUGAUCUUAAGAAGUACCUUCCUGAAUUGCGUGACGAAGGAAACAAUUACGAACUCUUCAAGAUCCCCCAUCCUGAUGGCCCAGCGAAGAGAACAACCAGUAUCUUGUCAAAAGGAUACCUCAAAUUUUUCGAGGACGGAACAUUGACCUCGGAGUAUAAUUACGCCCAAGAGAUUUUGACCUUGAAUAAUGCUGCGUCUUAUUGGAUGGGAAAUCGUAAUAGAAUUUCCACUCAGUUUGUGGUUUAUUCAGAUGCAAAUAACGAUUUCGGUUUGAAAAAUAACAAGGAAAUGGGAAUCAUUUUACCCAAGCUUUGUACAAUGGGUACCAUCACCAGACGGGCCACAGAAAACACCUGGCUUACUGCAUCGAAUGCAAAAAAGAACAGAAUCGGUUCCGAAUUGAAGUCACUUAUCGAGGCCCCCAAGGGAUACGUAUUUGUGGGAGCAGAUGUUGACUCUGAGGAAUUGUGGAUCGCUUCGUUGGUAGGAGACUCAUUGUUUGGAAUGCACGGAAGCACUGCCUUGGGAUGGAUGACUUUGGAAGGUGACAAGUCCGAAAAGACAGACCUACACUCCAAAACUGCCGAAAUCAUGGGCAUUUCCCGAGGAGAUGCCAAAGUUUUCAAUUACGGAAGAAUCUAUGGAGCAGGAGUCAAAUUUGCGACUAGACUAUUGAAGCAGUGUAAUUCCAGCUUGAGCGACCAGGAAGCAGAAGAAAUCGCCAUGAAGCUUUAUGCAAAGACCAAGGGACAAUCGUCAAAGUCGACGUUGUUGAGUGGAAGACUAUACCAUGGUGGUUCCGAGUCAGUGAUGUUCAAUGCGUUAGAAGCAAUUGCCCAUCAAGAGAACCCCCGAACACCCAUUCUUGGAGCAUCGAUCACCGCUGCUUUGACAAGCGAGAAUCUCAACAAGAACGAAUAUCUUACUUCCAGAAUUAACUGGGCCAUCCAAAGUUCUGGUGUUGAUUACUUGCACUUGUUGGUGGUGUCGAUGGCCUAUCUCAUCGAAAGAUACCAAAUCGAUGCUAGAUUGGCCAUCACGGUACACGACGAACUCAGAUUCCUUGUCAAAGAAGAGGACAAGUACAAGGCCGCAUUGUUGCUCCAAAUCAGCAACUUGUGGACCAGAGCCAUGUUUUGCGAGCAAUUAGGCAUUAAAGAACUACCUCAGAAUUGUGCCUUCUUCUCCGAAGUUGAUGUUGACCAUGUGUUGAGAAAGGAAGUGAGUUUAGACUGCGUGACACCUUCGCAGCCAGUACCGAUUGCUCCUGGGGAGUCGUUGAACAUACUGCAGUUGCUAGAGAGGUACGGAAACGAGUCAUUGAGUGUGGAUCAAGUAUUCAGAGAUUAUGACAAUAUUCCGUACCAACCUCGUGAACCAGUGAUGAACUCGCUUGACAGCACGUUAUCAACGCAGGCAAGACUUGCCAAGAUCGCAUUGCAAACAUCGGUGGACCAACGAGAAUGGAGAAAGAACUUGGGCGAGUACAUCAAGCUGGUGAAAGGAGAGACAGAAGACGACAAAUCUUUGGUGUACACGAAGAAUACCCAGAAAGCCAGGACCAACAAUAGUUUCAAAGGCACCAAGAAGGUCAGCCACGAUCUGAGCUCCACCCUGACUAAGAAUACCAGGAAAGACUACAAGGAAAGGAAACCACUCCUGGUUUCAACCUCGUCCAACAGGAAGAGGCCCAGAAUAAUGGAAGAAUUUGAUAUCAGCAGUGACGGUACUGAAGAGUUGAAGCAUCAUGUCAAAACUACGGCAAGUGCCACAUCGAGAGUGAAGUCGUCUCCCGACAGUCCUGAAGGUUCCACUUGUAAACUAACGGUUAAAGUGGGCGAUUUCGAGAAUGUCACGGCCGGUGUUAUCUUAGUUUUCGUUUUGGUGUUCUUGGCCUUCGUUGCCGUCACCGGUGUCUUUGUGCAAAAGAAGCUCAAGGCUAAGAAGUCCAACCAAAGAUUUUAA